AUGCUAUCGGGAAUCAUUGUCAGGCCAAAGAUCCUACAUCAGAAGCUUUGGAGAUUUGAGCUUGAUUGGGACACGCCAAUCAAUCCAGGAAGUGACUUGUAUACUGAACUCAAGUUAAUUGAACGCGAUUUGCAGGAUGUUGUCAAUAUCAAAAUUUAUCGUUGCCUGAUUCCCGAGAAAUACCGUGGACAGCCACUCCCUAAUGUCUCACUUCAUGGACUUAGCGACGCUUCUGAGGAUGCUAUGGGAAUGGGAGUGUGGCUGAGAUUUGAACACCCAGAAACGCUGGAAGGUGAACUGUCAUUUGUUUGCUCCUGUGCAAGGUUAACCCCUCUAAAACAGUGCAGCAUUCCAAGGAAAGAACUACAAGCAUUGUUGUCGCUCUGCUGCUUGACAAUCACAGUGCGCGAUGCGCUUCGAAUAAACACUCAAUCAACCAAGUUGUGGACUGAUAGCGUUACUUUACUCGCUUGGCUACGAGGUCAAUCAAAGUCGUUCCGAUUCUAUGUUGCGUGUCGAGUUGGAGAGAUUACGUCUGACUUUAACCCCUUCACGGACAUAGUCCAUAUGCCGACGGAUGAAAAUGUGAUUGAUCUUGUGUCGCGCGGGGUUAAUGCUGAGAACAUGCAAAAAGUUAUCGAUGGUCCAGUCUACCUCUGCCAACCACCUUCGCAUUGGCCUACUACACCGCAGAACAUCAAGUUGGAUUCUGAUGAUGAUGAACUCAAAAGGUUUCAUGUUAGGAAUGCCAAAGUACUUGCUGUCAAAAUUACCAGAGGAUUUCCAAAAGAACCCAUCAUGAAUCCCACCGACUUUUCUAGUUGGACACAUCUCGCAAUGGUGACCGCACGAACCUUGUCUUUGAAAGACCUGCCAAAAAAGCAGAGACUGAAGCAGUUACUGACCACAAUCGCAAAAUUUCCGUCGCUCCAAAGGAUCAGGGACGCCGAGAUAUACUGGAUCCGAUAUGCUCAGCGAGAUCUAGACUUUGAUGAUCACAAUAUCCGGAAACUGAAUCCAAUCUUCGAUGAGAAAGAGCAGGUGUACCGCGUUGGUUGCCGCAUUGAUAAAGCUCCAGUCUCUUACGACAUGCGCCAUCCAUACUUGUUACCGAGGAAAAGUCACAUUUCUCUCAUCAUAGCCCGCGAGAAGCAUCGUCAUGCUCUUCAUGGUGGACAAUUGCGUACUGUCACUGAAAUCCGUACAUGGUACUGGAUUGUAGGUGACAUGAAGCUCGCCCGUCGCAUUAUCAAAGACUGUAAAAUAUACAUCAAGAACAAUGCUGAAGCAGUUCAAACGUUGAUGGCUGAUCUGCCAUUCUGCAGGGUCCGACCGUUUACCCCUGCCUUCUACACGACACUGACCUCUGAAAUUGUGUGGUUCUUUCACUCCAGUGAAGUAGUAUUUGCUAGAGAUUACAGUAAUAGUGCCAUUAGGUGGGAAAGUUCCAGGAGGUCUAAAUUUGUGUUUAUUUGUUGA